CAUCCUGUAGUAGUAGAAGAAGGGCCUAAUUCCGGGAACAGGCUGCGACAGCUGGCGGCUUCGGUUCUGCUCGGUCGUUCGCAGUGGCGCUUGUGGUAUGGGGGAGCGGUGACACAUAGGGCUCCGCCGCCUGAACCUAGCGACCUGCAUCAUGUCCGAAGGCCUGUACGAGAAGUUCCUGGCCCCGGACGAGCCCUUCCCGCUCCUCUCCCAGCGGGGCAGCAUCAGUGAGGAGGGCUGCCUGGACGUCAGUGACUUCGGCUGUCAGCUGUCCUCCUGCCACCGCACCGAUCCCCUCCACCGAUUCCACUCCAACAGGUGGAAUCUAACGUCCUGUGGCACCAGCGUUGCAAGCUCUGAAUGCAGUGAGGAAUUGUUCUCUUCUGUCUCGGUCGGAGACCAGGACGACUGCUAUUCCCUCCUGGACGACCAGGACUUCACCUCCUUUGACCUGUUUCCGGAGGGAAGCGUCUGCAGUGAUGUUUCCUCAUCUAUCAGCACUUACUGGGACUGGUCUGACAGCGAGUUUGAGUGGCAGUUGCCCGGAAGUGAUAUUGCAAGCGGCAGUGAUGUGCUAUCAGACGUCAUUCCCAGCAUCCCUAGCUCUCCUUGCCUUCCCUCCAAGAAAAAGAACAAAAACAGGAAUCUUGAUGAGCUCCCUUGGAGUGCCAUGACCAACGAUGAGCAGGUGGAAUACAUAGAGUACCUAAGUCGAAAGGUCAGCACAGAAAUGGGACUUCGGGAACAGCUUGACAUCAUAAAAAUCAUUGAUCCAACGGCGCAGAUUUCCCCUACGGACAGCGAGUUUAUCAUUGAACUGAACUGCCUAACUGAUGAAAAGCUCAAACAGGUCAGAAGCUAUAUCAAGGAGCAUAGUCCACGUCAGCGAUCCACACGAGAGAACUGGAAAAGGACCAGUUACAGCACGGCUAGUACAAGUGGAGUGAGCGGAGCCAGCGUGAGCAGCAGCAGCGCCAGUAUGGUCAGCACAGCCAGCAGCAGCGGCUCUAGUGGGGGCAACUCUGCCUCCAACUCGAGUGCAAACAUGAGUCGAACUCACAGUGACAGCAAUCUGUCUGCAAGCGCAGCAGAAAGGAUUAGGGAUUCAAAGAAAAGGUCAAAGCAAAGGAAACUGCAGCAGAAAGCCUUGCGGAAGAGACAGCUGAAGGAACAGAGGCAAGCGCGGAAGGAAAGACUCAGUGGCUUAUUUCUAAACGAAGAAGUCCUAUCUUUAAAAGUGAACGAAGAAGAGCACGAAGCCGAGGUGGAUGUAUUGAUAUGACGAGGGUGAAACUUGCAGUGUUCUUCAUAAGCCUUAAUAAGGCUACGUUAUCGGAGACCAUCUCGGAACGUAGAUCUCCCGCGCUCUUGUAGCACCACUAACCACUAGGAGGUUAUCCUUAUGAAAAUUAGACAUUUUUGUGUCUUUGGUGGACAAUAAUAUCAUAUUUCAGCAAUCACUGGUCCCUUAUUUGGUGAUACAGCCACAUCGAAGGCAAAGUAAAUUCUUCAAGUACAUAAAGACUAAUUUUGGUUUGAAACCAGUUCUACACGGAGAUGCCAACAAGGUUUCUCUAACCUGUCGGUAGCAGAGCCUGCGGUUCUGUGUAUUUGUUAGAACACUAGUUAUGCAUAUUUCAUUCACAUUUCCAAACGUGCAUCCUAUUCCUGACUGCAGUCCUGAAUACUUGAUUACAAAGUGCUAGUUGUAGGUCUUCAGUAUGUAUUUUUGCAGGUGACCGUGCAGCAUUGUCUCCUGUUUCUUAGGUCUCUUGCACACGACCGUAUUUUUUUUUUUUUCCGUUCUGUUUUUGCGGUUUCCAUUUGUGGUCCGUAUGCGGAACCAUUCAUUCCGUAUAUCCGUUCCUCUAAAAGAUAGAACUUGUCCU